AUGGCCGGCCUUGCCGCCUGCUAUCGCCAGGCCACCGCGCGCACCGGUGUCUUCCAACCCUUCAUCCACGCCACCGUCCUUACCUACGCUCUCCUUCUCUUCCUCUGCUGCCUCCUCAACCUCAUCUCUCCCACCUGGGUUUCACGCAACUCCCCCCCUCCUCUCGCCCUCUCCGCUCCGGCCCUCUCUACAAGCCCUCUCUCCGGCACUCCGUUCACCGCCCACCACGUCGACGAGCGCGCUGUGUCGCGCUGCCUCUCGCAUGGACUGCUUCAAGAUGUCACCCACGACCCCAUCAUCGACCGCUUGCGCGCAGAGCUCAACUGCGGCUGCCGACAGCCAGACGUGUAUGAGCCGCAUGAAACUCCCACCGUCUGCGCUAUCGUCCAGAGCUUCAACCAUCAGAACAACGUUGAGCGCAUUGCAAAGGCACUUGUGGCAAAUCCAGCCAUUCAGGAGAUUAUUGUUUGUGAGGAUGGAUCCACGGACGCCAGCUUAGAUCACUGGAUGGAGCAGCUGCGCGACUUCAAGCAUUUCAUCGUCGUCAGUAACAACUUGCACGAGACGAGAUGCUACAACCGCGCCAUGCGCAUGAGCUCGGCCGAGUAUUUCAUCCUCAUGCAGGACGACGAUCUGCCCCCGGAUCUGCCGCAUGCCGAUGAUGCCGACAAUAUGCCCGCCCAGCUCAACUGGGUCACCCAUGCGCUCGAACUGUUCGAUGCUGACCCCAAGCUUGGCGUGCUCACGGGCUUCAUUGGACAAUUGUGGCUCAAAAACGGCACUGGAUUUGAGUUCGGCGAGCAGCAAAGUGACCAUGGCGGACAGAGAAAGGGUAAGACUGCUCGCAUUCCAUUUCUCAGCUCGAGAACCUUGCACCCGUUUAUGUACGCGGAAUGCGCUUGGAUUGCCCCCGUCUUUGUCAGAUCGGAGGCUCUGCAUCGCGUCGGAGGAUUGGAUGUCGGAUUGUUCCGAGAAAAAGAACCUGGCGUGUGGCAGGAUUGUGUUCUGAGCUACGCCGCAUGGACUGCAGGCUGGAGAGUAGGUGUUUACAACGCCCACUUUACAAGAGGAGUUGGCGGUCAUGGAUCUACAAGCUCUCCUGCCAAGGCGAAAAUGAGGGAUGUGGUUUGGAGAAGAGCGAAGCAAGCCGUAGAUAUAAGAUACGAACGGCAGUACAUCCAUGAACACAUCCUCGCGCUUAACGCUGCAACUCUCAUGAAGCGCUAUGGUUCCGAACAAGGACCUUGA